AUGGCCUCUCUCCUUCCACCUCACUUUGACGAACCUAGUUCCACGACACUCAAUCCACACUUGUCGCCAGACAAUUUAUCCGAUAAGGAAAAUCGCCGAGAAACUCAUAAGCGAAAUCACAGUGCGAUGGCUCCCCCACGAUCACAGAACAAGCGACAAAGACUUGUCAAUCGUUCCACAAAUGUGCAAUCUGUUCGAUCGCAGGCAUCAUCACAAAGAAGCAACGAGAGCAGAUGGUAUGAUCCUGACCAAGAUCCCGCGGAACGUCAACGUAUUCGAAGGGAGACUCGUGAGCUGAAUCGCGAAGUAAAUGAUUCCCGCAGCGAGUACAUGCAACCCGGAAACACGGGUCUGAGAGAUGCUCUUGCUCACGCGAAUGACCUGUACGCCCAAGUGAAGCAGACCUCAGACGCCACGAUUGAUUCUCGCCUCUUGGUCAACAUUGCCGAUUUAUCACACAAAAAAACCUCCCAUCUUGCGCUCGGUGCUACCUCAGCCAGUAUCGAUGUCGACGAAUUUGUGUCAAAAUGUAUUUCUUUCAUGCGCCGUGGGCCGAAUAAUACGACAGCCGCACCAAACGGGACUCAGGAUCGCCGGGCUCGCCCAGGUCGAACCCAGCGUGACCCCGAUGCAAGCGAUGAGGAUGAUGUGGGAGACGCGAUGAACUGGGAUUAUUUGGGCCAAGCGGCCUGCUUCCCUAACAACGCUCGGCCAGCCGUCCCAGGCUGGCUGCUGGGCCCACUCUCCGUCCAAAAACGCGUGCGCCAAGUGACUCAGCGCAGAGCAGUUGAGAGAAUUGAUCCCACUCAGGCUGUGCGGCCCCAGGAGCUGCAGCAAGAAGACCUGGGUGGACAAGAGAGCGCCAACCUCACCCAGAUUUGCUCCGAGAUUAACAAGCUGCUUGGUCAGAACCAGAGAGACCGCCUCCGCGCAGCUGCAACGGAACUGGAUAGUACUCCCAAUGUCACCCCGGAUCAAGUGCAGGCCAUCAUGGACAAGCACUGGAUCGCCGACGACGAAGGCAUUCCCUUGUUCCGGUUCUGUAUCAAUCCGAAAUCAUUUGGGCAAAGUGUGGAGAACCUGUUUUACGUUAGCUUCCUAGUUCGUGAUGGAACCGUCGGCGUCUCUACCGACAGUCGCGGAUUGCCUACACUUCACGCGACAGCACCAUAUGCUCCACUCGAGGCACAAAAAAGGGGGAUUCAAAAGCACCAGGCGGUGUUCAGUUUGGACUACGACACUUGGGAUCAAGUUAUUGAGCUGCUUAAUCUCAAGGAGUGUGUAAUUCCCCACCGGGAGCCAACCCAGGAAGAGACCAGCACGAGCUGGUACGGCUAG